UACUCCCAUUUCUCUCUGACUAUGCGUCGUCGCCUCCGCUGCCCCAGUCUGCUGCUGCGGCGCAUCCACAGCGGAGCCACCGAGCCGGGGAGGAGGACCGACCGUAGCUACACCUCGGCCAGCGGUGCUGGGUUCUAGUGCCGGUGGAGGGGGGCGGGUGGGGGCAGCGCACUGCUCUUCUUGCCCUCGCUAAACGCAGCGCAGCCCGGAGCGGUGAAGACCCCACCGUCUCGGCUCGUCCUGGAAUAGUUUUUUUUUUUUUUUUUUUUUUUUUCUGCCAGACGCAAGUUGCAGCUGCAGAGGCGCACUACUCUCCGCUGGCUCCCUUUGCGCUCACAAUCCGACAUGGAAGAUGGUCCGUCUUCAACAAGCUGUUUCAGAAGGUUAACGGACUGUUUCCUGGGUUCAAGCUUGACGGAUGACAAAGUGAAGGCCUACCUCUCGCUGCACCCGCAGAUGCUGGACGACUUUGUUUCGGAGAGCGUGAGUGCCGAGACGUUGGAUCGAUGGCUGAAGAGGAAGACCGGCGGCAAGGCUGCAGAUGACACGUCGCCUAAAGAAGUCAGUCGGUACCAGGACACAAAUAUGCAGGGCGUGGUGUACGAACUGAACAGCUACAUGGAGCAGCGCCUGGACACUGGAGGAGACAACAAGCUCCUGCUCUACGAGCUGUGCAACAUCGUCAAAACAGCAACAAAAGCUGAUGGAUUUGCACUUUACUUCCUGGGAGAAUGCAACAAUAGUCUAUGUUUGUUCACUCCAACGGGGGCCAAGGAUGGCCCUCCAAGCCUCAUCCCCUCUGGCCCCAUAGCAUUUGGGACAACCAUCGCCGCUCACGUUGCCAAGACUCGCAAAACACUGCUAGUAGAGGACAUCAUGGGGGACGAGCGCUUCCCCGACGGCACAGGGCAGGACUCAGGGAUCCACUCUGUCCUGUGCCUCCCCAUCGUCACUGCCAUCGGGGACCUCAUCGCCAUCCUGGAGCUGCAUCGGCGCUGGGGCCGGGAGCCCUUCAACCUCAGCCACCAGGAGGUUGCUACAGCUAAUUUAGCGUGGGCAUCGGUUGCCAUUCAUCAAGUACAGGUGUGCAGAGGCCUUGCCAAACAGACUGAGCUCAAUGACUUCCUACUCGAUGUGUCAAAAACAUACUUUGAUAACAUUGUGGCAAUAGAUUCUCUACUUGAACAUAUUAUGAUAUAUGCAAAAAACCUGGUGAACGCAGACAGGUGCGCCCUCUUCCAGGUAGAUCACAGCAACAAAGAACUGUACUCUGACCUGUUCGAUAUCGGGGAGGUCAAAGAAGGCAAACCUGUCUUUAGGAAAACCAAAGAAAUACGGUUUUCUAUAGACAAGGGAAUAGCUGGCCAAGUGGCUCAGACAGGGGAAGUCUUAAAUAUCCCAGAUGCCUAUGCAGACCCACGGUUCAACCGAGAGGUGGACCUCAAAACCGGAUACACCACGCGGAACAUCCUGUGCAUGCCCAUUGUGAGCAGGGGGACCGUCAUAGGUGUGGUGCAGAUGGUGAACAAGCUGAGCGGAAGUGCCUUCACUAAAACAGACGAGAACAACUUUAAGAUGUUUGCUGUCUUUUGUGCUCUGGCCUUACACUGUGCAAACAUGUACCACAGGAUCCGGCAGUCCGAAUGCAUUUACAGAGUAACCAUGGAGAAACUGUCGUAUCACAGCAUCUGCACGUCGGAAGAGUGGAAGACCCUCACCCAGCUCAACCUCCCCACGCCCAUUUAUAAAGAGAUUGAAAUGUUCCACUUUGACAUCAGCCCCUUCGAGGAGAUCUGGCCGGCCGUCUUCAUCUACAUGGUUCACAACUCCUGCGGAAAGACCAGCUUCGAGCUGGAGAAGCUGUGCCGCUUCACCAUGUCGGUGCGGAAGAACUACCGGCGCGUGCCCUACCACAACUGGAAGCACGCCGUGACGGUGGCACACUGUAUGUACGCCAUCCUUCAGAAAACCUCUGGGAUGUUCACAGAGCUAGAGAAGAAGGGUCUGUUGAUAGCCUGCCUGUGCCACGAUCUGGACCACCGGGGCUACACCAACUCCUACCUGCAGAAGUUUGACCAUCCGCUCGCUGCUCUGUACUCUACCUCCACCAUGGAGCAACACCACUUCUCUCAGACCGUCUCCAUCCUGCAGCUGGAAGGGCACAAUAUUUUCUCCAACCUGAAUUCCAGCGAAUACGAGCAGGUGCUGGAGAUCAUCAGGAAGGCCAUCAUCGCCACGGACCUGGCGCUCUACUUCAACAACCACCAGCAGCUGACGGAGCUGCUGUCCUCGCGCGCGCUGGACUUGAACAACCACUCGCACAGGGACCGUGUGAUCGGUCUGAUGAUGACAGCAUGUGACCUGUGUUCCGUUACCAAGCAAUGGCAAAUCACACGACUCACCGCCAACGAUAUCUAUGCCGAGUUUUGGGCCGAGGGAGAUGAGAUGAAGAAGAUUGGGAUGCAGCCGAUCCCUAUGAUGGACCGAGACAAGAAGGAUGAGGUUCCCCAGGGCCAAGUGGGAUUUUACAACGCUGUGGCUGUUCCAUGUUACACGACACUAGCAGAGCUUCUCCCACCAUCCAGUCCUCUUCUAAGAGCCUGCAAAGACAACCUGAGCCAGUGGGAGAAGAUAGCGCGGGGGGAGGUGGAGGAUGUCGUGCCCAGCCGACCCUGUGAUUCAGGCCCCGUCAAGGUGGACAACUGACUACCAAAGGGGGCUGCCGGCCCACCAAAGCAACACGACCCGAAUCCUGCCACGGACCUGCAGCGCUUACGGUGGAAGAACCCGCAUCCCGGGCUGGAUCAGCAGAGGGAGAUUCCAUUUUCACACACACAGUUACCUCAUGGGGUGACGGAGGUGUCGACACUGACGGUUUCGCCGGUCCCAGAGACUGACAGGCAGUGGAGGGGGAGGGACUUCAACCCAUCGCCCUGCGACCACUCAGCGUGGGAUUCGAUUCAGUAGAACGGACUCAUGCCUUUUUGGUUGUGAUAGUUUGGCUCUUUUCUGUUAUUUUAUGAUUUUUUUUUAAAUUGAGCUGAUUAUUUUACGGCCUUGUAUUUGCAGAGGCCUUACUCUGAACCUUUCAAAGGCUAGGAUAUAUGAAAUCUUGUCGCUGGUUCAGGCUCGUAUGAAACGGUACUGUUUGCCUUCUGUGGUAGAUUCAGCGAGGCGUCCGCAGGGACAGGAGGAAUGUGUAGAGCAGGUUCACGGCAAUGGCGCCUCCUCGAGAAGGUGGACGUUAGAAUGUUUUUUAUUACUUUGUAAGCAAAAAUCCUUUGCAGUACUUGAAUAAAGACAAGCAGCCUACUCUACGUGGAGCGCGCAGAGACGCCCCGCGGCGUUGUCUGCAGGACACGGGACGAACUGUGACAAACCCAGUUAGAUAACGCCGACUGUUGAGAACACGAGACGGUCACAUUGUUUCCCCCUGUACUGGAGCCCACAGCACUGCCCUCGUCCACACCCUGACAUUUGGGAGCCCGCUGCGACGUAAAUCCGCCUCCUUCUGACUAACGAGCGCCGACCGCGGGCCGUCACACGAGCAGUGGCUCCGAUCGUUCGCUGCGAGUCCACGUGCUAUUAAGCUUCCACUGUCACAGAGCCUUUCAUGCCACUGUCAUAAAUUAUUUUACACAACAAUCUGGUUGCUCUCAUUAAUCAGUAAUCACUUCUGCAACUAUAAAUAAAACAGUAAAAUGAGGAUAGCACAGAGAUUGCAUUAUGAACACAAUCCCUCGUACCAACUCCCUGAUUAAUAACACGUGCUUCAAACACAUAAGCCUUUAUGGACUCAUCCCCUUUUAAAAUAGCUGGCUGUGCUAUCCUGUAUCACUAUGUUCAGCCAUACUGUGACUCAUCACUAGCACUCAACAAUUAUCAGCUGUUUUCUCGUAAUGUCAAGCCCGUCGCGCUAGCGUGCAUCAGACGUCCAUCUCUGGCAUCGCGGCUCCAGAGUGUUGGUUGACUUCUUGCAGGCGCCUAAAAGAAGCUCCCCUCGUAUCCGCGACGUGCCCGAGGAACUCGCCCGCUCUCCAGCAUCAUGCAAAGGGGGUGGGGGGUGGGGGGGUCGCUUGGACGCGAAAUCAAAUGAGUUUCCAAGAUCUUCCAGCGGACAAAUAUUUGUCUGAACCUGUCAUUCCAGUCGUCCCUCCAAGACUAGAGUCAUAGCCCGAAAGAUUUGUUUUUCUAACUGGUACUGCGCUCCUGCUCCCAACGGUGUGAAUGAACAUUGUGACGAAUGUUUUGUUGAUUGCAGGUCCUCAGUGGUAGCAUGUGGUUUAGCGCACCGUCAGUUUCCAUGAUGAGCUCUGUCUUAUGUUUCAAAAUCGCUUCCAGUAAGCUUCAACCAAGAGCAACAAUAAGCAUGCACCUAAACUGAAGUUUCUAUAUACGUUUGCAUAUGUUCGGUGUAUACUGUGUGCAAUCUAGGAGUUUGUGCAGACUGACAUGUGUGCUCUGAUGGUGCUAAACUGAAUGGGAGUUGUGCACUUUGACUGACACUGUGUGUAUGUGUGAGACAGAGCGCGGGCGUGUGUGUGUGUGUGUGUGUGUGCGUGUGUGUGUGCGUGCGUGCGUGCGUGCGUGAGGGAGAGGAAGCUUUUGACUUUCACCACUCCAGCCCCACCUGAGUACGUGGUUAAGUCCAUAGCACUGUCCUUUCUACUUUUCAGCACCAGUUAUAUCCCUGUGUCUGCACUAUGAUUAGCUUAUGAUCUUCGUCAUCAGUACUAUUAUUGAUGAUGAUGAUUAUUAUUAUUAUUGCUAUUGUUAUUUUCUUAGAUUUAAAUUUAAAUUAACUUAUAUUUUUUAUACAAAGAAAUAAUGUUGGCCUUUUUGUUUUGUACAAAGUAAACAUUAAGAUGAAGCAGUCUAGACAUAUUACUGUUACCCAGAAUAAUGGAGGAAUGUCUCUGUAAAUAUAAAAGAAGUAGCCCAAAUUACUUUUAUUAAAUACCUGAGAAAAUACACCUGUGUAGUUCUGAUUUCAUGCUUGAAUGUAUUCUUAUUUUUUAUUGUGCUGUCUACUGCACAUGCAGAUUCUACACCGUCCAUUUAAAUCUUAAAAUGACCACAAAGACAAUCUCCAAACUUAAUAUUAAUGUUUAUGUAACAUUAUUGUUAGGAAUCCAUCCAUCAAGUCAAUUUGUAUCUUCAACACAUUAUUUUAAUUGCAUUUUAUCUAAUUUGUUUAGUGUGUGUCCAAUCUGACUUUACUGUAUAUGUUGAAGCAGACUUCUAUUACAAACUACUUCAGUG